AUGCCUCGACCAGGCCGCAACACGUACAGCGACCAGAAACCCCCCUACUCCUAUAUCGCCCUCACUGCCAUGGCCAUUCAGAGCAGUAGGGACAAGAUCAUGACCCUCAGUGAAAUCUACCAAUUCAUCAUGGACAGGUUUCCUUACUACAGAGAAAACACUCAGCGCUGGCAGAACAGCCUCAGACACAAUCUCAGCUUCAACGACUGCUUCGUGAAACUGCCCAGGAGACCCGACCGACCUGGAAAGGGAAGCUACUGGACGUUGCAUCCGCAGUGUGGGGACAUGUUUGAGAACGGAAGUUUUCUCAGGAGGAGGAAAAGGUUCAAGGAACAUCAUGUGAGCAAACACCAAACAUAUAUGUCUUCAUAA